AUGGAGGAGACGUGCCAAGCAUGGUGCUUUGUGGAUCCCUGUCAGUGUAACGUCUCCAGCCGCCCAACGGCGGCCACGGAAGGCUUCGCGUGGCAGGGACAUGCCCUGUUCGCCAGCAGCGAGACCUGCAAUCUAUCCCUGGCAGGCUCGGAGAGGUCGAAGUCGAAAAAGGGCAACAGCAGUGCUUCGCCAGUCGAAACGCCCAGCUUUUGCCGAAACUUUGAUCAGGACAACUACGGCAACGAGAAGUGCAAGUGUAUUGGGAUCGAACACCUCACUGGCAAUGUCUCCGCUGAGGUCGAUGGUGAGAAGGUCCCUUACCCCAUGGAUGUGGGAAGUCAUUGUAGUCGUUGGGACGAUCAGCCGGUUGGAAUUUGCAGCAAGGAGGACCGACCCAGCUGGUGUGGAAAGAACUGGUGCUAUGUGGAUCCCUGUGCCUGCGCCAUCUCUGAGCCGCCCAAGGUCUCCAGCUAUUUUCCCAAGGUGACCUAUGGCAAGAAACCUCUCUACUACUCCUAUGAGACCUGCGGUUCUUUCGACACCUUCACCUUUGAUUCUCGCAGCGCCUGCGUGAAUCAGGAGACUGAGGCCAAGUGUUUAGGGAUCGGUGCAGAUCCAGAUGACCCCGAACUUCGGAAAUGCGCCUGGGGAGGUCCUGAGAUCAAAUGCCUGGGAAAAGAACUGCUGCACUUCUGCCAAGUGAACGAUCAGACCAUUCAAGAUUGGACUUGGUGGUCCUUUAGCCGUGGCGAUGUGCAAAGGGGCCACAUGGGUCCGGCAGUUGUCACGGCUGGGAUCUAUGUGCUGAUCUUAUUGUUCUUUCUGAUGGUCCUGCCCGACGUCACGUCGUUUUCCCGCGCACCGGUGUCGCAGAAUCUGGCUCGAACUCCCUCCACGUCCAGCGAUAGAUGGCAGAGUAACCAAAAAGUGUCGAUGUUACAAGAACCCGUGGAGCGUCCCUUGAGUAGAUACCUGCACAAGAGAGACGGCUACUACAACCGCAUCGUUCCUGACUGGAACCUGCAAAUCAAGACCCUGGAGCAACAGUAUUUGUAUCAAGGUGACUUUGCUUUGCUCAUCAAGGAAGUGACCGACGAGGGAGCGAUAGUCCAGGACGUGACGACGGGAGUUUAUGGUUUCAUCCCGGAGGAAAACCUUGGCAAUUUGGAGCUACUUCCAGGGGACACCGUGCAGGGAGGGAGGUGUACCUACGUGGACACCACGGUGAUCCAAAGUCCAGAUCCUACCAUGUUGCGCAUGCAGAGUGGCAUCGUCUUCGAAUGGGACGAGGAGAACGGGGAGGGCUUCAUCAUUCCGUCCGAGGACCAGGAUGCUUUUCGCAUGAUUCGAGUGCUGCGGCGCGACAUCAAAUGGCACGACAGCCGCCGACUCUUUCCGGGUCAGUUUGUCCAAUUCGAUACAGCUCUGCCGCACGAGGUGCCUGUGACGUCGCCCUUGGACCCUGAGGCACCUCUGGCCUUGCGCGUGCGUGGCUUGGAGAUUCGCUUUUCGCUGGAAGAAGCCUACGAGAUGAUACCCCAAGGCGUGAAAUCUGCUGCGGAUGCAGGUUCCCGCGAAGCGAUGCUGUUGGAAGCCCCUCCCCAGGCAGCUCUGGCCGAAGCUUCGGAGGUGGAUGGCGCGGACGAGGCGGACGUGGAGCCUGUCCCGGAUGGAGCUUCCCUGGUUCCCACGUCGGCGUUGGAGGUGCAAGCUCCACGGUCAGCGUAUCCGGUCGUUCCUGGACGACCGGAGCUGCAAACGAAGAAGAAGGUCCAUCCCUUGCUCCAACGCUUUGCCAAGCAAGCGCCGGAAGUAGCUGAGGCUGAAAGUCCAUCCUGGAUGUGGGAGCCUCAAUUGGAGUACCUUAAGGAGGAGGUCUAUGCGCCCAUUGUUCCGGUGCAGCUACGGCAGAUGCCUGCGAAGGUGAAGCGGAAGCGCAUCUUGGUCCAUGAGGUGGCGCAUGAACGAGGAGACACCUGGCAAGAAGCAGCACAUCGAAAGUACCUGAAACUCUGGGACAAGAUGAAGCCGCCAGGUCGCAAAGAGACCGAGAAGAUCUCGGUGAGGUACCACAGGGCAAAGAAGGCCUUUGAAGACGAGCAAGUCAGGCGGCAAAAAUGGACCUUGAGUGCGGAACAGAAACGGCAGCGCAGAGCCGCGAGAGCGGGGAACGGUGCCUGA